AUGACUGUGGACCAUGAAAACUUCCAUGCGCAAAGCGAUUCGAAAUGCAGUUCACAAUUUCUGUGCCUUCCUGCUUCAGGGUUGAAUACCCAAGAGUCUAUAUGUAUCGCAAGCUGGGCGUUGUUGAUCCGAGACUACUUUGCUCAGGAAAGCCCAUCUUUUCUCUGCUUAAAACCCGAUGGGCAGCAAACUGCCAGCUGGGACCCCGUCUCCGAGGAUCUAAGGGCUUGUCAGCUUACCCUACAACUGGAUGGGCAGGAUAAAGCAAUCGAUAUAACAAGCAAAAUCCAAAAUCAAAUCCUCGAGUACAGCAAAGAAUCUUCGCAAAAACAUCAAAAUGAUACUGCGAUUUUCAUGUUGGAGACUUCCGAAAACGAAAACAAAAUGUUUCACGAUGAUGCGAUGCGAUUAAUGGAGUUGAUCAAGGUCGAUAUCAUAGGGGUCAUGCAGAUCGCGCCUGAAGGCGUUUAUCUGAGUGUUUGGACUCAUCCUUCUAAGCAGCAGCCAUUCAAAGACUUCAUCGUGUCCAAGAGUUUGUCCCAAGUCUACCAAAGAAUAUCCAUGGAACCUCAUACAAAGCUCCAUGAGAUAAGUUCCAUAUCUGCCUUUGAUAUUGAGAGAAUCCGGCAAUUCACACGCCCAAACCCCGUGAAAACUAUCGGAAAACCACACUGUCUGCAUGCUUUGAUCGGCAAAAAUUAUUCCAAUUGCCCAGAUUCUACUGCUAUUUCUUCCACAAAAGAGCAAAUCACCUAUACCGAGCUUGGCCAAAAAUCCGCCAUAGUAGCCGAGCUCCUCAAAGACAGAGGCGUUGCACCUGGCGAGGUCGUGGGAUUAUGCAUGCAAAAAUCUCCAUCGGCUCUGGUGGUCGUUCUUGGAAUCCUUCGAUCAGGCGCAGGAUAUGCUCCAAUAGACUCAUUCUCUCCUUCUGGUCGCAUUACGCAAAUUGUUGAAAAAGCCGACAUUCGAUAUGUUGUGACAGAAGAUCAUCUCCGCGACAAAUUUGAAGAUCUCGGCGUGGAUUUGAUUACAUCGGAUAACCUGGAACAUUUUGAGACUCCGAAGGAUUGGCACAAAGAAUUCCACACCGACCCAUCGACACCAACCUAUGUUAUGUUCACGUCAGGAAGUACCGGCGUCCCAAAAGGCGUUGCUCACCACCAUGAAGCCGUUUCCCAAAGCCUCCUCGAGUGCAUCGAAUCGCUUGGAAUCAACCAAAGCACCCGCUUUUUACAGUUCGCUUCUCUUGCAUUCGAUGCCAGUAUCUUUGAAGUCUUUGCUCCUCUAGUCGCGGGAGGUUGUCUUUGCAUCCCUUCUCACAAUGAGCGCAGCGGGGAUUUAGAAUCAGCAAUGAACCAGAUGGGCGUUACCGAUGCUUGGUUGACACCCAGUAUGGUUCCUCACAUUCAGCCCGAGAACCUGCCCUCUCUGCGCAACCUUGCCGUAGGAGGAGAACCUCCAUCCGUCGAGAUUUUGUCAACCUGGGGCAAAAAGGUCAACUUUACCAAUCUAUACGGCUUAACAGAAGCUGGGGUUUGGGACACCAUGAAGCCAGCGAUGAAGCCCAAUGACAGCCCCCGGAAUAUCGGUCGCGGCAUUGGUCGCGUUACAUGCUGGAUCGCGGAUCCGGCUAAUAUUCAUAACCUAAGACCCGUGGGUGCUGAAGGAGAGCUUCUUGUUCAAAGCCCCUACCUUGCGCACAGUUAUCUGAAGGACGAAAAAAGACAGAAGGAGACGCUUAUUGAUCCUUCAUUGCUGAAGUGGGCCUCUUUGAUCCACGAUGCAAAGUCCACCCGUGUCUACCGCACGGGUGACCUUGCUAAAUUCACUCCAGAGGGCGAUGUGGUUUUUGUCGGUCGGAAAACUGGAUUUGUCAAGAUCCGGGGCUUGCGCGUUGAUCUGAUGGAGAUUGAAAAGGCGAUCAACGAAACACUUAAAGACGGACGUUCUGCGGUUGUCCUAUCUGGAACUGACAACAGCCAGGUUGAGAUUGCCGCUUUUUGUGAGCUCGUGUCUCCAGAAUCGGUAUCUCUCGCUGAUGAAAUAUCUCAUCAGUUAUGCGAAAUACUCCCGGAGUACAUGAUCCCGACCAUUUUCAUCCCGACCGAGAAGCUGCCUUUGACUCUGUCCAAAAAAAUUGAUCGCCAGCGCCUUUUUAUGGAGAUAUCAAAGAUGGAUCAAACCACUGUUCAGAAAUAUCGCAAAGGUGGAUCCCAAGAUGCGAACUUGAUCGAGAUACCGACUGAGAAGUCUAUUGCAUUUGAGAUCAGCAAUAUAAUUGCCGAUAUGCUUGAAGAAAAAGAUCAAGUCUACGCAAAGUCGCUGCGUGGUAAGGACUUUUCUCUCGGCAGGGUUGGACUCACCUCCAUGCAAUUGGUGUCCCUGGCCAACUCGAUAAAAAGAAAAUACGGAAAAAUCAUGGACCUCCAGAGUUUGCGACAAGCGAAAUUGACAGUCUGUGGCAUCGAGGAUAUUCUCACAAACCGAACGGAAACACAUGGAAAUGCAAUUGAAUCCCGAGAUUUGUUAGAUGACCUUGCGAAACUGAAGCCGAAAUUGAAACUACGCAAGAAGACGGUAUUUUUGACUUCAAUAACCGGCUUUUUGGGGAGCCAAAUUCUGCGGUAUCUUUUGAACAACCCAGAAGUUGGUCAGAUCAUUGGCUUGGUUCGCUCCAGUGACGAGGUUCAGGCUAGGAAAAAGGUGCAACAGCAGGCUGAAAUGGGAAAAUGGUGGCGGCCCUCAUUUGAUGAAAAAAUUGAGAUAUGGCUCGGUGAUCUCAGCAAGCCCAGGCUUGGUCUCCAAGAAGACCGAUGGGAUCGGCUUUUUGGCAAUGACAGUGUCAACAGAGUUGACGGGAUAAUUCACAACGGAGCCCGAGUCAACUGGCUGGAUGAAUAUGAGGAUCUCGAGGGGGGCUGUCCAAUAUGCGCACCCCUUGCCAGCUCAUAUACGUCUCUGGGGGGUUAUCUUUCCCCGAACCAAGAAACCCAUGCAGGUAUUGCGAAACGGCUUGCCUCGGCGUCCGGGUAUGAUCAGACAAAGUUCAUGUCAGAGCUUCUCCUCAACGAGUACAAUCAACAUUUAGAUCGACAAGGAUCACCCGCGCCGAGAGCUCGAACAGUCAUCCCUGGUUUUAUUGUUGGGACUCGAGAAGAAGGCAUCGCACAAACGGAGGAUUUCUUUUGGAGAUUUGUGUACAGCAUUGUUCGAAUUCGAGCUAUAAGUGAGGAACUUGGUCAUCUCACGGUCGCUGGGGUUGACCAGGUCUCCGCGCUGGUUUCAAAUGUUCUCUUCUACCCGAAUGACUACAAAUCCGAUCCUUUGACUUGUCUCGACGGCGUAAGUACUUCGGCGCUUUGUGACAUUGUGAGCAAAAAAUUAGAUGUUCCAAUACGACGUAUUCGUCACGACCAAUGGAUGCAAAUGCUGCAGCGUGAUAUCGAAGAAGCUGAAUUUGACCACCCAUUCUCACCGGUGAUGCAAUGGUUUGACGAGAACGUAUGGCAAUUUUGUGGUGACCAAGAGGAAGCAACCGAGAACUCUCUUUUCGCGACAAAUGAUAUCAGAGCAGCCAUUGAAAAGAGUUUGGAGUACAUGACCCUGGUAGGAUACAUGUCGACACGGAAAGGGGAUCCAAAGGUGGACCAGACUGCCAUAUUUACUCGCUCUUAG